GUUAAACGUUUCAAACUCGGUACGUUUCGCGAAAGCAACGAACACAAUCGAGAUGCUGGUGGAAAUGUCAGCCGGUAAGAAAUGCACGGAGCUGCACGUAACAGGAGGGUUUUUCACCGAUUACGAAUAAGAAGCGGCGCAACUGUCUGCCGUUCCUUUCCAUACGUUGGAUCUAACGAGGCGCACUUCUGUCUUAGAUCAUUCCACGAACCCGCAAAGUUAAAUCUCUUGUUAGACGAGCAAGAAGCAUCUCUGCGUGCAAUACGUAAGACAGAAGCAGGAAGCAAGAGAGUGACUUUACACGGAAGCGUUGUAGCCAUCGUAGUUCCAGUAGUAACCCACCUUUAUGACCGACUAUCUUACCGUGUUUCCCUUCUACUCCGCGUAACAAACGUGCGAGCUAUCACACGGCUGCAGUAAAA